AUGAUGUACCACCCAGACAAAAAUAUGGGAGACAGAAAAUGCGAAGAGUUGUUCAAGAUAUUGCAGAGAGGAAAAGAGAUUCUUCUGAAUGCAAAUGAAAGAUCCAAUUACGACUUACAUCCCAGUGACAAUAAUGGAAGCGACUUAAACACAACUCCUCCAGACCCAACUGGUAUGAUGAGAUUGAACGCUGGCCAUCGCCUAUCAGAAGAUUUUAGGGAAAAAAUGAAGCAAUGGUAUGCUGAAUAUGAGCAAAUUGCCCUCAUCGCUAAUUAUGGCGACAUCAAGGAAAGUGUUGAUGAAUGGGCAAAUGAAUUUAUACAAAACGUUGGAGUUAACUUACCAAGAGACAAGAAACCACCAUUCAAUGAAGAAGCAUACCAAGAGAAAUGCUCUGAACAUGUGGAUCUAUUGGAAGCAAUGCAUGGCAUUAUGUCAGAUGACGUGUGGACACUCAAUGGUAUUGGACCAGGUGGACUUACUACUAUGGAAUGGUUGAGAUUCCGCAUGAGCUCUUACUCCAAUUUUGGCUGUCGCUUCUUUGACAUUGGUAGAUUCCAAAGUGCUCUUUAUUGUUUCCAAAGAAGCACAUCGGUAGCUGGUGCAACAAUUCUGGCUUCGAAAGCAGAAGAACUGCUAAAAUCAAAGCAGACGGAAUUGGCCUUGUAUUAUUACAGAGUACUCUUGGACAAACCCAAUCAUCAAGAAGAAGCUGUGAUGAAUAUCCUAAAAAUUACAGUUGAUCAAUAUAUCGGGAUUUGGCAUGGAAAUGACAAAGUGAGAAACGCAAUUUUCUCAGCGGUGGCAAGUUUUGGAAGUAAUGUUGAAUUGCACAAAUUGGCGCUGGACGUACUAUUGGAGAAUGGACACCUGGAAGCAGCCAAAGGUUGUGUCGAUGUCAUUCUGAAAUUGGACCCAAAAUAUGAGUCAGUAAGGGCAAAAAAGGCAAAGAUUGAAGAUUUGCUGAGAGUGAAGGACAUGAAAGUACUGGAAGGGUUUCUGUACAAUUUUUGUGAUGAUCAGAAAAGGGAAGAAGGUAAUUAUCUGGUCGAGAUGGCAGAGCACCUUAAACAAACUCAAUGUUUCUCAUCAGCAGGAGAUUUAUACAAGAAAAUAUCAAAUGAAAGAGAUAUUGAUCAACUCAGAACAGUCCUAAAGGUGGGCCUGCUUAUUCUCAAGGGUUUCUUUGUGACCGAAGAAGGAAAGUAUGAGGAAUCCUUAGACUGCUAUCAAGAAGCAGUAAUCACAUUGCCACUGCCAGAGGUCUUUACGGCAAUUACCAUGCUAAUCAAGAACAGUCACUCACAAGCAGCAUGCCAUUCUUUGGUAAAACAGUUGACAAGCAGAGAUCAAAGCUACCCAGCAUCUCAUGUCUAUAUUGAUAGAUUGAAAGGAAGCCAGAAUCUUGUUGCGGUCAUCAAAUAUGAGAGAAGCAUUGAAAGGAACGGAAGUCUGAGCAACGUUGAGAAAGCAAUGCUCUAUAUUGAUCUGAGUAUGGCAGCCAUUGACAGUUCGAUGCUUGGGACAACAUUUGCAAUAGCUGCAAAUUAUAUGCUAAAGGAAAUGAAUGACCAUUCAAAGAAGAUCGAUUUGGCUUAUCUGUAUUCGAUUAGGAAUGUCAUCAAUGAGUUAUGUAUCUGUGCUGUGGUAGUUGCAAAUAAGUUUGAGCAGCCCAUCACAGAGCUGCACCUGCUGAAACAGUUGUUCAUAAUCUUCCAUCGAGCAAAUGAAUUGCUAUCAAAGUGUGCUCGCAUUAAGAGCUCCGAAAAUCGUUCACAGUCAAGAGAACCAACAAAUGUUGUUCGAGUCUUACACAAAGAAUUCAACUUGAUGAUGUGCAAGAGCUUUGAGAGGCUAGUCAAAUUGGGAAUCUUCUUCAAAGACAGCGAAGAUAUCUGUGAGGAAGACCAUUCUGAAUGUGUGUGGGUUCCAUCUGCAUUUCAUAAACGAUGUCCGUGUCGCGUAUACGGAGGUGUUCUUUUGGUACUGCGGCUGAAAGAGUAUGUAGGUGGUAAUGGAGGUGGUAAUGGAGAUGGUAAUACAGGUGGUAAUGGAGGUGAUAAUGGAGGUGGUAAUGGAGGUGGUAAUGGAGGUGGUAGUGGUGGUUGUAGUGGUGGAGGAGGAAAGCAUGACAAUACGUUGCACAGAAACAAUAAGAAUUUUACUAGUCCUAACAUGGUCCUCUACACCAUCAACAUUUUCUGUCGAGAGACCGGUGCGUUCGUGGACACCUACAAAAUAGGAAUCUCGGCAGAUCAUCGCAAGACCAAGGGCAUACCACGUCGGCUUUACAUUCAAAUAAAGGCCUUAAACGAAGGUCGAGUUCAAGGUCUAGAGUACGAUCACACAAAAUACGAAUUCCGAGGUCGACACCAUAUAUUCGAAGACGUUAUGGAUCGAGGAACACCACCAUCUGACAUCCCUAUCUAUUUCUACAAUCCCAUCUGGAAGGGGCGAAGAGAGAGUAGGAGCCAAACCCUGGACUUUGCUAUACCAACCUCGUCCGUAGGGCUUGCAUGUCGUCCGUCUCUCGAAGGACAAACAAGCAGGGACGAUGUUGUUGAAAUCGGUUCAUUCCACGAGGACUGGGAUCGUCAGUCGAGCCGUGGCUCCAUACCAACGGACAAUGUGGAUUUGCGAGUUACAGCUGUGGUGGGGGACUAUCGAUGUGCAACCCCCCGAAUAUCCUCUGAUCGCCCUCGCAUUGGACUCCCUCCCACUGUGACUAAUGCUGCUCAUCGAGAAAAGGUCCGUCAGCAGUUCGAGAGGAAGGUCGGCCAAGAGGUGGGAAUUUCGCAUGAGUCGGUGCGGAGGAUUGUCAAGAACUUGGACAUGAGGCUUACAAGCAGCAAAAGUCGAAGACAGCUGCUUGCACCGUUCAAGAUUCAAGAUAGUGAUAUCAAGAGGCGAUUUCGCCCAUUUCGAUAUCACGUGUCGAGGUCGAGCGCUCCUUAA